AUGACUGAAUUAAACACUCCUGAAAAAAAUUAUAACCUAUUUAGUGAAAUAAUAUUUGAAGGAGAAGAUAAAAUAAAGGCAUUAGAACUACUUGUAAAUAAAAGAAAAAUAUAAAUAUAAAAUUUAGAUCCAUGUAUGCCUCUUUCAGCAUACAUCAGCGAAGAUUAAGUUCUUGAAUAUGUGAAUGAGCACUGGGAAAACCCUGAUUAAGUCAUGAAAUAGGUGAAUGAUCAUGUAGUAGUUUUUGAUUAUUCAAAUGCCAAAUCAAAAAACAAAAACAUUAAGAAUAAGGAUUAAAGUAAAGAAAGAUAUAAUGUAAUCUACAAAGAAGCAGAGAGGGAAAUAAAAACUCAACCUUAAAGAGCUAAGAGUGGAAUACCAAAGAGGAAAAUAGUAAAUGCGGAAUAAUAAAAUUUGGCAAAGCGCUUUUGA